AUGCCGAAGAAAUUUGGUACUAAUACAAAAGCUGCUGAAGCUAACGCAAGAAAGGAUGCGGUUAAACAAGCAAAUGAACGUGAAAAACAGCAAAAAUUAGAAGAUGAACAUUGGCGUGAUGACGAUAAACUUGUGCAAAAGAAACAACAAAGAAAGGAUGAUCGAGAUCAAAAAGAUCAAGAAAAAUUACAACGCAAAUUGGAAAAGCAAACCUUAUUGGAACAAGAAGAAGCGGCAUUAAGUGCAUCGAAAUCGAAGAAAAACGCCGAUUUAGCACCGAAAAAAGUCACUCAGGCACAGAUACAACAGCGACAAGCCACCGCUGCUGCUGCUGCAGUUUCUGAUGAGCCAAAACGAAACACCACGGAUGAUCUUCCACUUGAAGAAAACGUUAAUCGAUUACAAAUCGAUGGUCAUUCCGCUCGUAAUGUCGACGAUGCUAUUCACGUUCUAAAAUCAACUCAAGCAUCCGUCGACUCUCAUCCGGAAAAACGUAUGAAAGCUGCAUAUGAAACAUUCGAAACCGAAAAUCUGCCAAGAUUAAAACAAGAACAUCCAACAUUACGUUUAUCACAAUUGAAACAAUUGAUGAAAAAAGAAUGGAUGAAAUCACCGGACAAUCCAUUCAAUAAACCGACAAAAGCGUACAAUGACAUGGGAAAUUUCAAACAAAACUUACCGGAAGAAAAAGAUUCUGAUGAUGAGGAUAAUUAA